UUAGUUAAAAUCUUUCAGUUGAAAUUAUCAUUUUAAAUAAAUGAUAAUUAUUGUGUUUUCAAAGUUAACUGGUAGUGAAGUUGAAUAAGUUUUUAUUUACAACAUGCAUAAAUCUCACAAAAAGAAGAAACAUCAUCGUCGAAGUAAAUGUCAUUCGGAUAUUACAAAUUCUGAUAUAUCAUCAUCUUUUCAAGACUUACAACUGAACGAUUUUGACGAAAAUCUUUCUACAAAUAUCACAUAUGAAAUUGCUAAUUCAAACAUUAUGGGACGGUAUAUUUUAGCAGCCAAACGUUUGGAGCCUGGUGAAAUUAUAUUAGAUGAAUUACCUAUAGUUGUGGGACCGCUCAGUAAUUCUGGUGUAAAUUGUCUGGAAUGUCAUUCCCCAAUUAACGAGGAACAACUUAAGUAUUCUAAAAGGUGUAACAAUUGCGAAUGGCCGUUAUGUGAAACAAAAUGUGUAAAUCGUCAUAAACCAUUCGGCCACAGUGAAGAAGAAUGUAAAGCAUUUAAAAGUAUAGAAAUUCAUAAAAAAAUUAACUUUAAAGAUUAUAAUUCUUUUUCUUCUGAGUUUUGUGCUAUAGUCCCGUUUAGAUGUUUACUUCUAAAGAAAUCAAAUCCAACAGCAUGGAAUACAAUAUUAAACAUGGAAUCACAUAAUUUACUUCGUAAACAAUUACCAGAAUUGUGGAAUACAAAUCAAACGUAUGUUGUGGAUCGAAUUCGUAAGAAAUGGGGAUUUUUAGAAUAUUCAGAAGAUGAAAUACAUACAAUGUGUGGAAUUUUAGAAGUGAAUGCAUUUGAAAUUGGACAUCAUGAUAUUCAUUUGCGAGCUUUAUACCCAUCAGCAUUCUUAUUAGCUCACGAUUGUGUACCAAAUACAACACAUAUUGAUGAUGAAGCCACACUACAAAUGACAAUUCGUGCAGCAAUUACAAUAGAUAAAGGACAACCAAUCACAUUAAGUUAUGCUCACACGCUGCAAAGUACAUUAAAAAGACGUCAAAGUUUAUUAGAAAAUAAAUUUUUCCUAUGCCAAUGUAAUCGAUGUAGUGAUCCAACUGAAUUGGGAACAUAUUUAAGUGCUUUGAAAUGCCCAAAAUGUCAUACCGGUUUCGUAUUAAGUACAAAUCCGUUAGACCAUAAUGCAAUAUGGCGAUGUAACAAUGAAAAACGUAGAAAAAGUAAAAAAGAAAAUAUUUUACAAAAUACAAAUAACAAUAACAUAACAGCAACAGAAAAAACAUGUUCUGGCUAUGUGGUUACAGCAAAAUCAAUGAAUAUGCUUAUGGAUAGAAUUGGUGAUGAAUUAGAGAAAAUUGAUACAAAUGAUGUAAUUGGUUAUGAGGCAUUUUUAACACGUUAUUGUAACGUGUUACAUCCAAUGCACUAUCAUUGUUUAGCUGUAAAACACACGUUAAGUCAACUUUAUGGUAAAAUUUCUGGAUAUAUGAUACAUGAAUUAACAAAAGAACUAUUAAAUCGUAAAAUUGAAAUAUGUCGUGAUGUUUUAAGAAUAUUUAAUAUAUUAGAGCCGGGAUAUUCAAGAUUAAGAGGGAUUACGCUUUACGAAUUACACGCACCAUUAAUGGUGUUGGCUGCACGAGAUUUUGAUAAUAAAGUCAUAUCAAAAACAGAGUUACGAUAUCGUUUAAGGGAAAUUGUUAAAUGUUUAGAAGAAUCGUACAAAAUUUUAAGUUUUGAACCAAGUACUUCAUCAGAAGGACUAAUGGCUGAAGCUGCGCAUGAUGCAUUAAAUAAAAUACGUAAUUGGCAAAAAUUUGUUACGUUUGAUAAAGCUAUUACACAAUUAUCAUCGCAAAGUUCGAUUGCUUAA